AUGUCGGUCUUUUUCAAGGAUAUCGCAUCCGACAACCCUGUUCGCGAAGGCGAUGUGGAAAAGGUCCUUGCACCACUGGGCCUAACUAUCAAGGACGAAGAAUCUUCAGAGUACGAGCGACUUCUUGCUGCCGUACACGACUGUGCGGAGAGAGUUUUGAGCCUUCCGGAUUAUCAGCCUGCCCCGGACCUCUUACGAUAUCCUCGCCAGAAUGUGCGCCUCGCUGUUGAGGUUGAUCAGAAGUUUGGCCACGCCUGGGCUCAUCGAUUCCUGAUCAAAGGCAGUACUUUAGGAGGCUCAAUGAAAGGAAAAAGUGUCUGCCUGAAAGACUGUAUCGCAGUCGCCGGAGUCCCUCAGUUCUUUGGGAGCGAUGCUUUCCCAGCCUGGACUCCAUCCACAGACGCCACCAUCGUCACCCGCGUCCUUGAUGAGGGUGCCGACAUUCUAGGAACUGCAACAUGCGAACACUUUUGCAAUUCCACAUCAUCUUUCACGAGCGCUCAAGGAACAGUUGAAAAUCCCCACGCAAUAGGCUACUCGGCGGGAGGGAGCACCUCCGGCGGUGCAGCCUUGGUAGCCUCUGCGACUGUUGACAUCGCGUUGGGUACGGAUCAAGGCGGGAGUAUACGAGUGCCGGCUUCUCUCUGCGGCUGUGUUGGACUCAAGCCAACACAUGGUCUCGUCCCAUAUACCGGUAUCACAUCCGGAGAUCCCAUAGACGACCACGCAGGUCCAUUGGCAAGAUGUGUUGCAGAUGUCGCUUUAUGUCUUGACGCCAUUGCCGGCUAUGACAACAUUGACGGAAAGUCGGUGGGAGCUGGGCCACAUGGGACUUUCAAGUUUUCCAGGACACUAAGCGGCUCGAAGAGACUCGACGGCGUCAAAGUCGCUGUACUGAAAGAGGGAAUCGAUCAUGCUUUGGUUCAAAGCAAUGUAAGAUCUUGCGUCCUUGCCGCAACAAGGGGACUAGAGCAGCUUGGUGCUGUGGUCGAUACUGUUUCCAUACCUUGCCAUGUGGAAGGACCAUCGAUAUGGACCAUAAAACAGCGUCUGUCUGGUGCCAUGGGUAUUCUCGGUCGAGGCUAUGGUCAACGAGGUCUUCAUCUGACGGAGUUUGAGAAGGCAAGACUUCCAUGGGUCGACUCAAACUUUCAGAAACUGUUUCCUUCAACCAAGAACACCGUCAUCAAUGGGCUUUACCUCAUGGACAAGUUUCCAGGCCUGUACAGCAAGACCGUCAACAUUGGGAGGCAACUGAGAGAUGCGUAUGAUCGCGUUUUUCAAUCAUACGAUGUCAUAGUCAUGCCUACUACCCCUUUUGUCGCUCCUCGCCAUGGGCCUCGAGACUCAGUCUUGGGUUCGUUCGAACCGAGUAUUGGACUCACCUCAAACACAGCCAUUUUCAAUGUCACUGGACAUCCUGCCAUGUCACUUCCAGUGGGGCUCGCAGGAGCUGCAGAUGAUCAGAAUACGAUGCUUCCCGUCGGCAUGCAGAUCGUCGGAGGUAUGUGGCGAGAGAGCAGCAUCCUCAGGGUAGGACAGGCGUGGGAGUCGGCGUUUGAGUGGAAAGAGUAUCAAGCACAAGACAUGCAAGCACCGUAAUGGCUCGAAUGUAUGUCACAGCCCCUGG